CAGGAAAGCAAUCUCUCGCUCUGGUCUGCAACAUCUUAAUCAAGUACAGUCACCUGUUCUCGCAAUAAGCAAUGGUCCAGCCAAGGAACCACGGACAACUUUGGACUGGAGUGAAAAUGCAAUUAACGGAGAGCACAUUUGGCUAGAAACAAACGUCUCUGGUGAUUUUUGCUACCUUGGUGAAGAUAACUGCCUUGUUAAAAUUGCAAAAUCAGUUCCUAGAAGAAAAUGUGCAGCUUGUAAAAUUGUAGUACAUACAGCAUGUAUUGAACAACUAGAAAAGAUCAAUUUUCGAUGUAAGCCCACCUUCCGAGAAGCAAGCUCUAGGUCUCCAAAAGAUAAUAUUGUUCGGCAUCACUGGGUUCACAGAAGAAGACAAGAAGGGAAAUGCAGACAAUGUGGAAAGGGUUUUCAGCAAAAGUUCUCUUUCCACAGUAAGGAGAUCAUAGCCAUCAGCUGUUCGUGGUGUAAGCAAGCAUUUCACAACAAGGUUGCAUGUUUUAUGUUGCAUCACAUUGAAGAAACGUGUUCGCUUGGAGCUCAUGCUGCUGUCAUUAUCCCACCUACAUGGAUCAUAAAGGUCAAAAAGCCACAGAAUUCAUUUAAAACAUCAAGCAAACGGAAGAAGCGGACAUCUUUUAAAAGGAAAGCCAGCAAGAAAGGAAUUGAUGAAAGUAAAUGCAAGCCUUUUGUAAUAAAGCCCAUAUCAUCACCUUUAAUGAAACCUCUCCUUGUCUUCGUGAAUCCCAAAAGUGGGGGUAAUCAGGGUACAAAGAUACUUCAGACUUUUAUGUGGUACUUGAAUCCACGACAAGUCUUUGAUCUUUCUCAGGAAGGGCCAAAAGAAGCGUUAGAACUUUAUAGAAAAGUGCCAAAUCUGAGAAUACUUGCUUGUGGUGGAGAUGGAACGGUGGGCUGGAUAUUGUCCAUCUUGGAUGAACUGCAACUGACCCCUCCACCUCCUGUAGCUGUACUUCCACUGGGGACUGGGAAUGACCUGGCUCGUACUCUCAACUGGGGAGGGGGGUAUACAGAUGAACCAGUUGCAAAGAUCCUUUGUUAUGUAGAAGAUGGAAAUAUUGUUCAAUUGGACCGAUGGAACUUAAGGGUUGAUAGAAAUACAGAUUUGCCAUGCGGAGAUUCUGAUGACUGUGCAAAAAAGCUUCCACUUAGUGUUUUUAAUAAUUACUUUAGCCUUGGAUUUGAUGCUCAUGUAACACUUGAGUUCCAUGAAUCCAGAGAAGCAAAUCCUGAAAAAUUUAACAGUCGAUUUAGGAAUAAAAUGUUCUAUGCAGGGGCUGCCUUUUCUGAUUUUCUACAAAGAAGUUCAAGAGAUUUAGCAAAGCAUGUCAAAGUCGUGUGUGAUGGAACAGAUCUAACUCCAAAAAUUCAGGAACUCAAAUUUCAGUGUAUAGUCUUUUUAAAUAUACCCAGGUACUGUGCUGGCACAAUGCCAUGGGGAAAUCCAGGAGAUCAUAGAGAUUUUGAACCUCAGCGCCAUGAUGACGGGUACAUUGAAGUUAUAGGAUUUACCAUGGCAACACUGGCUGCCCUUCAGGUUGGUGGUCAUGGGGAAAGAUUGCAUCAGUGCCGUGAAGUCAUUUUGACAACAUUUAAAACAAUCCCCAUGCAAGUAGAUGGGGAACCGUGUCGCCUAGCACCUUCGACUAUUCAUAUUUCCUUAAGAAAUCAGGCCAACAUGAUUCAGAAAAGCAAGAGAAGGACGUCUAUGCCAUUAUUAAAUGAUGUCCAUAAGGUGCAUUCUAAUGACCUGAGACGAGUGUCUGCCCCUCCAGAUUCCUUCACACUCCCCCACUCCAUUCCUGACCGGUUACGAAUACGUGUGAACAGAAUCAGUUUGCAUGACUAUGAAUCACUGCAUUAUGACAAAGAGAAACUCAGAGAAGCAUCAAUUCCUCUUGGAAUCAUUGUUAUUCGAGGUGACUCUGAUUUAGAGACAUGCCGCAUGUAUAUUGAAAGAUUACAGGAGGACAUGCACCCGGUAACAUCGGUCUUGCACAGAGUUCACUAUCAAGAUCAGGAGAGGAUGCGCUCCAGGAUACAUCCAUCCCAGGCACUUUCCUCAAAAUGGUGCUUCCUUGACUCAACUAGUGCUGAUCGCUUCUAUCGCAUCGACAGAUCUCAGGAACAUUUACACUUCAUAACAGAGAUUUCUCAGGAUGAAAUAUUCAUCCUGGAUACAGAACUCAUGGUGCCUCAGUCAGUGGGGACUCCUCCAGGGAUGCCAGAUCUCGUUGUUGAACAGACGUUUGGAAUGUCAGAGUUCUGGAAUGGCUCAGUCAGGAAAAGGAUAUCAAGUGACAGUGGAAUAUCCAAACUAGCAACACACUGCGAAAGUUUCCAUGAAGAGAUAGCAAGUUCUGAAGUGCCAAAACUACGGUCACCUGCAUCUUCCGAGGAACAAGGCCUUCUUCAAGCAACAAUAAAUGGUGACUUCAAAAAAUUCACAGAGUGCUGCAAGAAAGGUGCCAGUCUGUUCAUCCAGGGGCCAGACACAUGCUCGCUGCUUAUACAUGCUGCCAAGAAUGGACACAGGGAAAUUGUCAAAUAUAUCUUGGACCAUGGUCCAUCUGAGUUACUGGAAAUGACAGACAAGGAAACUGGAGAAACAGCACUGCACAAGGCAGCCUUUCAUCAUCAUCAGAGCAUUUGUCGACUUUUGAUAGAUGCUGGAGCAGCACUGAUAAAGACAGAUUUACAGGGGAAGACUCCUCAUGACCUUGCACUACAGACCGGGGAUUUUGAAUUAGCUUCCUAUCUAGAGAAUAGACAACAUUAUCAGACAGUAUCCCAUGAGGACUUGGAAACUGCAGUGUGAGGUUAUUCAGCAGCAAGGGAAUACGGAGAACAUAUUGAGAUGGUAAAGUCCAUCAACGAAUGAGGCGCACCUUAAAACACAAGAGAGAUCAGAUGGCUCAACAUGUCUCAUUCAAUGUAGUAAUGAUGGAGUUCAAUAUCUGUUUGUAAGGGCUAAUAGGAUCUGCAUUGGAAAUGCUUUUCCACUCAAUAGCCCAUGGACCAAAAUGAGAGCAUGUGAUACAGAAUGACCUUGUUAAUUAAAAUGUUCACUACUUCCAAUACCACUACGAACUUUUGAAUAUCAGGUACACUGCCAAUCAACAUGAACGUUUAUUUUAUAUUAUUUAUUGUGCGUAUGUAUGUGCGAGUGUGUGUCUCUCUGUGCAUGUGUGCGUGCACACUUGCAUGUGUUCCACUGGUUGCUGAGUGCAUAUAAAUAUGUUUCUUUUCUAUCAUUAGAGGUCCACAGAAUGAAGCAAUUUUACUAACUAAAAAAUGGCAUCUGUCAAAUGUUUCUACAAACGUAUUGCACAUUAUUUAUUAUCAUCAGGAAUUUAUUUUUUGCAUGUCUACAUAGGCUGUCCUUAAUGAGCAAUGUCAUGCAUCUUUAAUUCUCCAUCUCAAAUAUUCUGAGGCUUGAACUUGUCAGGCAGAGCAAAACAUUUGUAGAAGUGCCACUCUUUUUAAAUGUUUCUGAUAGUAUCUCAUGACUAUUAAUUAAAUAACAUGUUAAACUCUUUUCUCCUUAAAAGGAAAGUAACAUAGCUCAGAUUUUUGCCUAUCCCAUUACACUGCAUGACUUACAUCCUCGUGGAAAAUAUUGUUUGAAUAUUUUAAAAACGUGUUAUUCACCAGUGGAAAGAACAUAUCAAAGUGUUCAUGUUUGUUCUUCCAAGGACCUUUCAGUCUACUAAAUGUGUUUGCAGACUUCAUGAAGGUAGUUUGAUAAUAGGACAUACGGCACAGGAUAAUAUGUCCUGAAGCUACCUGAAUUCUGUGGUUUCUAAUCUUACACAUCAUGGCUACAAAAAUAUUCUGAAAGUCAUAAUGUCAUAUUUCUACAAAAUGGGAAAAAUUGAACAACUCUUGCAGCUGUUUAUGAAUCAGACAUCUGUGAUAUGUGUAUUUGAAGCAUUUGCAUCCCUUUUCUGUGCAAGAUUCCACUUGUUGAAACAGUAUAGAAUAUUUCAGUCUGCAACCAUCCUUCUGCUUGGAGUCUGCAUUCUUUAUGGGAAAAUAAAUAAAAAAGGAUGACACAAAACCUGUUGUUCACUGAAACUACUGAUAUAUUCUAACAGCCAAGUAAAACAAGUCCUCAAAUCUAUAUAUGGAACUCAACAGUUCUCUCUUAGUAACUAGGAUAGAGCCAUUGCACAUUGUAACAUUUCGUUUGAAUGGUGUUGAUGGCAUUUUCUAAAAGUUGAAAUCAUUUGAACAAACUGAAAGCUAUAUAACAGAUUAUGAUAUACUUACCUUUUUAUUCCUUCCACUUCAUGGACAUUUCAGUUAUUAGUUUUCCAUAUUCAUUCAAAGCAUUUACAGAGUGGCAGAAUGAAGGGAAGUAGAUCAGAUGAAACUCUUUACCUGUAAGAGGUGAAUUGAAAAUUGCCAUCUUGCAAAAAGUAAUAAAAAUCAUACCUACACGUAUUCAUGCUAACUAAGUAAACUGCAAAUGGUGUUUAGUAUUUUGAGGGAGGGAAACUUUUGUUACAUAUGUACAUAUAUUUUUAUUAUUACAACCAGAAUCGCAGAACGUAGUACCUGUCUUUGAGGAGAUGGGAGACUGUAGAUAGCAAUUUGCAAUAUUAUUAUUAUUUUUGUUCGCUAUGAUUUUCUCCUGAAAUCGGAUCUGUGUUCAUACCCCAAAAUGUUAAAUGUUGUCAUUAUUUUGCAUCUAUUUUACUGAAAUCAUUAUAUAAAAGGGAUAUAUUUAAGGACACUUAAUUGCUUUUGCCUCAGCACCAAUGGAUAUACCUGACUGUUCACAGCAUGAAUAGUACUGCAUGGCUCAUUGUUCUAGGAUGAUGCAGAUACUUAUCUUCUGUGUUAACUGAAGUGAUUUUCAGAAUGCUGUCUUUCAUAAGAAAACAUCUUAAGUCUUAUAUCUUGCAAUAUCAUGUGACUUUUUAAGACAGGAACAUUUUCUGUAAGCAAACUAUGGAUAAACUCAAGGUACACAGCUGGACCCAUUUUGUUUCACAGCACCUAAAUAUAACACAUACAUAUUAUCUAUCAUAAUAUCACUUAGUUGAAAACUGCCUCAUGUAGUUUUAUGUUUCCAGUGGACAGCUCUGCAGUCUUAGAAUAUGACUAGUUCUUGUUGAGGACUUUUGCAUUUUAAAUGCUAACUCCAUGCAUCAAAUGUUUCAUGAAAUUAAGCAUAUUGGUACACAUAUUUGGAAUAAAAUAUUCUAAUUAAUUUUAAUCAGGGAAAUGAGUUUAAUCUUGACUGUAAGUCUUGCUAAAUUAUAAAGACCCAUCAAUUCUAUUUAACAUUCUGAUUCCUAUGUGUACAGAUUUUUGCAAUCUUUUGCAAAUAAAAUGUGAGAACAUAUUAUCAGCAAUGAUGUCGUCAGAAAAAUAUUGAACAUGACUGUCUUUUUCAGUAUCACAUCUGAUUUACCAGUUGUUGCAUAUACUUUGACCUAUGUUUAAUUAGAUUUGAAUGACUUUUAAUGUUAUUAACCAGAAGCUCUCCGUUUUUUUCUAAUGUGAUAGGGAUAUUGAAAACAUUUUGCAUCCUUCUACAGAACACACCUUUUGUUAUUUGCACCGUAUCACAAGAAAUUCAUAUUCCUACUGUAAUGUGUUUAUGCCUGAAUUUACAAAACAUUAUCACCAUUACCUUAUCAUGAACAGCAACAACAGAAAAAAAUGCUUCUGGUUUAUGCAAAUUUAUGUUUACAUCGGCACAUAAUUUUUUGCAUUAUUUGUAAUACAAAUAAAUCUUGCCUAAAAUACAA